AUUUUGUUAAAUCCGCAUUCAGUAUUGCAAUUUCCAAGCUCUUUAGCUCAUCCCACCCAUCUGAAGAGAUUCUGCUGAUAAUGGCAUUGCUUGUUAUGAGCUGGUUGAUCUGGAACUUCAAGUUCUCAUCUUUCAUAAAGUGAUUUUAAUUAAUCCCCCUCUCCUCCUUCAGCUACAGGAUGGCUGAGGCUAAACUCAGGUUUGAGAAGGUAACUGUAUUUCACCAGCAAGCACCAAAUGGGCUUACCUACCGCAUCCCAGCCCUGCUAUACCUUCCCUCUGAAUCGGCUUUCUUAGCCUUUGCGGAGCAACGGUCAGCACCCAGUGAUAUUGAUGCAAAGCUUCUCGUGAUGAAGCAAGGGCUGAAAGAAGGAACUUCAGUCCAGUGGGGUCCCCAGCAGACUCUGGAGACAGCUGCACAGCCCAAAUAUCGCACCAUGAACCCGUGUCCAGUGUAUGACGCAAAGGAAGGCACCAUUUUCUUGUUCUUCAUCUGUGUGGAAGACAAUGUUUCAGAAGGGCAUCAGAUCCAGACAGGGAGGAACGCGGCCAGGCUGGGCUACAUCUUCAGCAAAGAUGGUGGAUGCACGUGGAGCCCCAUGACAGACUUGACGGAGCAGGUGAUUGGAGAUGACGUGAGAAACUGGGCCACUUUUGCUGUGGGACCAGGCCACGGGGUGCAACUGAGUUCUGGGCGGCUGGUCAUCCCAGCCUACGCUUACUACAUCCACAAACGUUUCUGUGGGCACCCACUCCGCUGUUCCACCAGACCUCACUCCUUCACCUUCUACAGCGAUGACGGUGGGAGGACUUGGCUGAAGGGCCAGCUGCUCAAAACACUGCAGGCUUCAGAGUGCCAAAUUGCCGAACUGGUGGGCCAGAGUGCUAGCCCAGUGUUAUACUGCAAUGCCCGCAGUCCUGACAGAUACCGGGUUGAGGCCUUCAGCAGAGAUGGUGGGCGCCUCUUUGAAGACUCCUUCCGGUCCCAGAAGCUGCAGGAGACUUCUCAUGGCUGUCAAGGCAGUGUGGUGAGUUUCCCUGCGCUAGAGUUGGGGGCCCAGUCUCCCUUUGCCUCCUCAAAAAGCCCCAAGUCGUGGCUGAUCUUCUCCCAUCCAACCAACCAAAAGAAGCGUGUUGAUCUGGGCGUCCACCUGAACACCUGCCCGCUGGAGGAAGGCUCCUGGAACCCCCCCUGGAUCUUGAACGAGGGGCCCAGCGGCUACUCCGACCUGGCCGUGUGCGGAGGGGAAGGCCCUUCGCUCUUCUUCGGCUGCUUGUUCGAAUGCGGAGCGUCUGUGAGCUACGAAGAGAUCGCCUUCCGGCUUUUCAGCGGUGCGAAACUCCUGAACGCUCAGGGUGGACACUCUGCAGGAAACAAUUCACCCCCUGCAGGCCGUGCCCACGCCUGUGGGACCGAUUAGCACGAGGGGAGGAUUAAACUGUAGGCUUUCCGUGAAACAUUUAUUAAUGAUGCAAUGAUAAGAGAUUUCCUGGCCCUUUUUUCUCUCUCUGGGUGGGUGGUAGAGCUAUAUUUAUAAAUGUAUCAAACCUGUCAGAGGAAGCUGCCGGGAGCAAAUACUGGUGAAUUCCAGUAGAAGAGGCUCUCUGAACCGGUU